AUGUUCUGUAAUUCACCAAUGGUUCAAAAAUCUUAUUAAAGCAGCUCUUUAUCCUAUUAAUAAUAAAUGGAUGAUAUGAGUUGCAUAAUUGAUAAUGGAUAAACAGGAUCAAUUUAUUUGGGAAAUAUUGAAUCUGCUUGUAUGGAUAAGAUUGAUACAUAAUAUUAGCUAGUCUGGAGAAUUUAAGAAGACAUAAAAUCAAUGGUGUUUUAUCAAUCUGCAUGAAUAAGAUACCAUUUGAUGUAUAAACAUAACUUAAAAAUUAUCAACAUAUAUACUUAGAGGAUUGUGAAUCUGAAAAUAUCACUAGACAUUUUGAUAAUAGCAAUCAAUUCAUUGAAAGAGCUAGAUAGAAUGGAAAUGUAUUAAUACAUUGCAUGGCUGGUAUUUCUAGAUCAGCUACACUUGUUGCAGCAUAUUUAAUGAAAAAAAGUAAUAUGAAUGCUUAAGAUGCCUUAAAACUAUUAGAAUAAAAAAGAUGGUAAGUAUAUCCUAAUAAUGGAUUCUUAAGAUAAUUACAAUAAUAUGAACGUGUAUUAUAAUAAUAAAAAAGUAAAAGUGAAAUAAGAGACUCAUCACCUUUAAAAGAAUCUUUAUUAAAAAGGUAAAAAUCUAUGUUAAUUAAAUAGUAAAUAAUUUUAGACUCCAAUUAAAGAAAUUUCAUUCAUUAAUAAAUAUGAAGAAUAACAAUAAUAUUCUGGAAUUAAAACACGACCUUUGGAUGAUAUUAAUUAUGAGAAUUACAAACGUAAAUCUUUAGGUAUCUAACUCUAUUGUAGUCCAGAAUCAUCAUAAAAAAUCUAGUUUUCACUUACUAAUCAUAAACUUAAUUCUGCAAUUAAGACUUCUCCAGAUUUUAUUAGAAAGUAGAACUAUUUAUAAGAUACAAGUAAUAUUUUUAAAUUAUAUUAUAUAUAGUUCAUGGAAACAAAAAAGAUGGAUUAGCUUCUUUAGCAUUAGAAUUAAAUUCUUUAGAUUGGUAAAAUAGAAAAUAAGGAUUUGAAUAGAAGUUUCCAAAAUAACAAACUUAAAAUAAAAACAAGAUAUUUAUAUCUUAGAAUAAACCAUUGUAAUUUAAUUAACAUUAAAAUAAACUUGAUGAAUUAUUAAAUGCUUUUAACAGAAAGCCAAUACUUUGA